AGUAGAUAUUUCAUUUAUUUUAACAGAUUAUUAUUAUUAUUUUAUAUCCUGAUCUGUAUAAACCCCAAUUCUCAAUUUGGAGAAAAGACCAGAGCGCAGUUGCAAAGAAGGGUAUAGAGCUUCUCUCCUUCUACCCUAUUUUGUUCCAAUGAGACAGGCUCCCGACUCCUGAGUCUGACUAACCAUCACUAAUACCCAAAACCCCCCACCCCCAAAAAAAGGCCAAAAAGAAAACCACAAAAAAGAAAAAAAAAGAAAUCGGUGCGAUUGUGUCGGUGAAUUUGGAUUUUCUCUUGGGGGGGGGUUUUAAAAAAAAUUUCUCUCCUUUUGUUGGGUUUCAGAGACGUGGAGGCUUCCCCAGAUGACAAGCUUAGUGGCCAAGUAGCAUGCAACCCCUUCCUUCCCUCUCUUCCCAAAAACCCAUUCACCUUCUUCUUCAACCUCUCUAAUUCUUCCCCAAUUCCCAGACCCACAACGGAACAGCAAGUUUUUUUCUACACUCAUGGAGGGUCAAGAAGAAGCGGCUGCGGCUGCGGCCGCGGCCAAUAGGAAGAGAGGCGAGAACGACAAGCCGUACAAGGGGAUAAGGAUGAGGAAGUGGGGCAAGUGGGUGGCCGAGAUUCGCGAGCCCAACAAGCGCUCCCGGAUUUGGCUCGGGUCGUACUCGACUCCCGUCGCCGCCGCCCGGGCCUACGACACCGCCGUCUUCUACUUGAGGGGCCCGUCCGCGAGGCUCAAUUUUCCCGAGGCGCUGCCGGUCGUCGGCGGCGGGUGCGGCUGCGACGGCGACAUGUCGGCGGCUUCGAUAAGGAAGAAGGCCACCGAGGUCGGCGCCAGAGUCGACGCGGUCGAGACGGCCAUGCGGCAACACAGGGCGGCGGCGGCGGGGGGUCCGAUGGAGGAGAUGCAGCCGUGUAGGGCGGCUGCGGCGGAGGAGAGCGGGUUCGUGGAUCGGGUCGACUUGAACAAGAUGCCCGACCCGGAGGAAACGGACGGCGGAGUCUGCGAUUGGGGGAGGAAUUAAAAUUAGUUUGAGGGGGUGUGGCUGCUAACGUGCGCAGGGGAGGUAUGUGACGGCUGAAGCAAUGAUGAAGCUUUCGUCCUGGUCCUGGGGAUUACAAUUUUAGUCAGUCUACAGUCUACUACUACUACUGUAUCUCUCUCUCUUUUUUUUUUUCUUUUUUUUUUCUCUUUUUUCUUUUUCUUUUUCUUUUUUGCGUUUUAAUGAGAAAUUUUGGUAGUAUAAAAUGUAAAUUAUGGGAGUAACAAGCUUAUUUUCUGCA